GCAGCCUGUGUCAGUGCGCUGCUCACUGUGGAUGGAGCUCAUCUUCUCAGCUGCAGGAUGCUUUUAAUGGAAACCUGCGCUCUGUAACUACACAGACAAACAAGUUUCUGCUUUUUAUGGAGCUGACAUGCCUGAAAACCAACUCAAAAUGAAGUUUUCUCACCUGGAGAUCCCGCACCCGUCGCUGCAGCCUGCCAUGUGAAGUAUAGCAUUUUAUUGUCCCACUGACUCAUGAAGGCCUUGAUUCAUUUGGUGAUGUUUUGAUGAUGAUGAUGAUGGUGAUGUGCGGUUGUUUUUAACAACCCGGAAGGGACGGCUGCGGUCUGCUGUCGGCUCAUUUUGUGUUUGCAGGGGGGGAAUCCAUAUCUGACACCCUCUCCAUCUUCCUGAUUUGUGGCGCAGAGAUGGUUGGGAAAAACACAGAACUGUGAGUGCAAGUUGUCGUGCAAUGGAUAUUUGUUUAUUAGUCACCAGAUUUUCUUUUGAUCGCAUCUCAUCUGUGACACGCUACCGGGCUGUCGGACCCGCUUAAGGGGGCAAGGUGUGGGACGAAACCCGCUCGGUCCAGUAGCCAAAAAUAAAGACAAGAAAUAGGCUACAGCGAAGAAGAAGAAGAGACAAUGGGAAAGUGGUGAACUGAUGGAUGCCACUGCGAGACAACAAAGGAUGCACGCGUGUCACCUCGUGUAACAUCCUCCACCCUGUAGGUAAAUGAUGAAACUCACAUAUAAAUCGGCUUUGACUUAGUUGUUAAUAGGAUUUAAUAGCCUAUCAACCCCCCUCAGACACCCUCGAUGCUUUUCCGCCUGGAGAAGAAUAGACACCAACAUUUUCUCCUCUGCUGAUUUCCAACCACCCAAAGGGAGCUCUGGGAUACCAUUAAACAACCGGAUUGAACAUGUAGCCUAGGCAUGGGAGGAUGUUGUUGGACCCCUCGGACUCUGAUGUUGGUGCCUCACAGUUCGUGGCUUUCAGCCUCCAUUGAAUCCCGAAUGAAAACGCCUCUAUCCAUGAGAAAUAAUGCUUCCCUAUUGGCUGGAUCGCGGUGCACAUGCUAUAACAACAGGAUAUGCAAAGAGCUAUGGGCUGAUCUAAUAGCCUAUCAUGUUCCCCGCAUGCUUUUUUGACCGAGAUCUGUAUUUUAUUUAAUAGGAUGUGAACUGCCUAAUCAAAUGAUUCAGAUGCCACCAUAAUAAUAAUAAUAGGUUGAUGAUGAUGAUGAUGAUGAUGAUGGUAAUUUAUAAUGGACUUGCCACAGUCAAGCUGAAGGCUGUUUUAUCUCACAGAGCAGUUGUGCCUGUGUAGUAAAGCUGCUGAAGAAUGUUCAAGUAUCGGAUCCGGAUGUUUUUCAAUGAACUCAAAGUGUUGUUACUGAUGCGCUCUGGAUCAAGCAGGAGGACUGUCACGGGCACAGACCCGGACACGCAGACCAGGAUGCGAGGGCUCGCCAUAGGUGGCUGUGGUUGGCCGCCGUUGAACUGCACUCACCGGGACGAUGAGGAGGAGUAUUAUGGCUCUAACUCCCGGCCGCGCAGCCUGGCGUUGGAGGAUACAGAAGAAGACAAACCCCAGGGACGAGGCCUGGAUGCCGCUUCACUCCCGAGUCUCUCGGAGAGCGGGAUGCGAUCACCGCAGUGCCGGAUCUGCUUCCAGGGGCCAGAGAAGGGGGAGUUGUUGAGCCCUUGUCGCUGUUCUGGCUCUGUGCGCUGUACUCACCAGUCCUGCCUUAUCCGCUGGAUCAGUGAGAGAGGCUCCUGGAGCUGUGAGAUCUGCUACUUCAAGUACCAGGUCCUGGCCAUCAGCACCAAAAACCCUCUGCAGUGGCAGGCCAUCUCUCUGACUGUGAUCGAGAAGGUGCAGAUUGCAGCUAUUAUCUUGGGCUCUUUGUUCCUCAUCGCCAGUAUCUCCUGGUUGGUGUGGUCCUCUCUCAGCCCUUCAGCCAAAUGGCAGCGGCAGGACCUUCUCUUCCAGAUAUGUUAUGGCAUGUACGGCUUCAUGGACAUAGUUUGUAUAGGCCUUAUAAUCCAUGAAGGAUCGUCUGUUUACCGGAUCUUUAAGCGCUGGCAGGCGGUGAACCAGCAGUGGAAAGUACUGAACUAUGAGAAAGCGAAGGACUUAGGUGACCCCAUCAGUUCCAACAGUAAAGGUCGAGGUGAGAGGAACUCGGACAGCGGACGGAGGGCAAGUCGACAUGUCAGGACUAUUCUCAACCACCACUGUGGCUAUACCAUUUUGCACAUCCUCAGCCAGUUAAGACCCAACAGCCUGCGCAGAGCCAACCAUGAGGUUGUCAUGAGGGUGACAACAGUAUGAGGCUGGGUUAAACAGACAAAAGUGCUCUGAUGUUUAAGGAGGAGGUCAAAGUGUUGAUUGGGAUUGAAUCUAAAGAUCCUAAUCUGCCAUAUAAACACUGCCGUUAACUUCCAGUCUCACACUACACUCACAGAAUCUCCCUGAGCUCAAAGUGGACACAAGAAGAAUUUCUGAGAUUUGAGCAAAGGGAGAAUGUUGUGGUUUUAUCUUGAAAGAGUAAGACCGGGGAAACAAGACAUACGAAAAAAUCAUUUUGAUUCUUAAAGCUGAUAACCAUUUUUUACCACCAUGACCAAUGUUAUUAAGUGUCAUUGAAAUAUUUUUGUUUUGCUUUCUAAAGAAAAAAUAAAUGUCAUUAAGUUUGAUUUGGAUUUUACUCUAAUAGAGAGUUUGAUGGUGAAAAUGAUUGUGCUCCUGUGACCACUAUAACAAUGGCCCGACCCCCCAAUUGAUUUAUCGUAUUCAUGAGGGUCCGCCAUGAUCUGAUAGAUUUUUCACUUGAAGCAACAUCCAUGGAUCCGACGUUAAAAAGCCCAAUAAAACUUGAGACACGACACAAUUGAUUAAAGUAUACCCUUAAAGUACAAUUCAGGUUUUGUAAUAAAGACUUUGUUGCUCUCAAAGGAGGA